UGAACAGAAACACUUCUCCCUCAGACUGAGUGACGUGAAGAAAACAGAUGAACACAUGUACUGCUUCAGAAUCAUAACAAACAAAGACAAAGAAAAAUUCCUGGGUUUUCCUGGAGUUACACUCACUGUUACAGGUAAAUAAAAUCAUCUUAUUUUCUGUGCCUUGAAGUGACUUGAAGAAAACAGAUGGACACAUGUACUGCAUUAGAGUCCUAGGAAAGACAGGUGAAAAGUACUUCUUUUAUCCAGGAAUGAGACUCAACAUCACAGAGCUCCGAGUGGAGACUCCUGAAAAGGUCGUGGAGGGAAAUAAAACCAUUUUAGUGUGUAGCACCACCUGCAGUCUCUCGGACGCACCAGCAUUCAUCUGGUACAAAAACAACCACACCAUUGAUACAAACAAGAACAACAGUAACACUCUGACUCUGCAUCCUACUAAAGCAGAUGACACAGGCAGUUAUAACUGUGCUGUGAGAGGUUAUGAGCAACUCCGUUCUCCUGCUCGAACCCUCAAUGUGAGAUAUCGUCCAAAGAACGUCUCAGUGUCCAUCAGUCCCUCUGGUGAGAUAGUGGAGGGCAGUUCAGUGACUCUGACCUGCAGCAGUGAUGCUAACCCACCUGUGGAGAACUAUACCUGGUUUAAGGGAAAAGCAUCAGUAGGAAAUGAAAAGACCUACAACAUCUCCAAGAUCAGGACUGAGCACAGUGGAGAGUACAAGUGCAAGUGCAGUAAUGAAGUCGGACAUCAGGACUCCAUUGGUGUAACUCUGACCGUAGCUGAUGGGCAGAAUAAAAUGCUGAAAGCAGUGAUUGCAGUCAUAAUCGCGUGUCUAUCAAGUUUUUCACUUGUUCUCACCGUUGUGCUUCUGAGGAAAAAAAAGAAAUACUGCUGGUCAGAAGAGCGCACUGUUAAACACGAUAACGUAGCUGCUCAAUCUGCAGCCAAUGACGCUCCUCAGUCUAACUCACACUUGGCCAAUCAGGAUGAAGUUCAGUAUGCGAGUAUUGUACAUUCGAGGAAAGCUGAGAGUUCUGCAGUGAGAGCUACUGAGCAGGUUCUUUAUGCUAGUAUCCAGCACCAACGUGAUAAAGUGGUGAAGAAUCAUCAGGAGGAUGAUGUUCAGUACGCUACUGUACACUUUCCCUCUUCACACAAGUGAGGUGAACUUAAAACGUAACUUUCAUUUUAUCACCUAUACAGCCUUAAACUAUGCUGGUGUGUGUUAUGUUCACUCCUGAUUAUGUUUCUUCUAUGCUUUUUUUUCUGGCAUGCUCUCUAUUUUCAGUUUGUUUCCAGGUAUUUAUCUUUUAUUUUGGAUUUAUUCUAUCACAUCUGUUAAUUCUGAUUCAUGUUUAUGAUGUUUAUUUUUUCUGUAUUGUCCCCUUAUUUUGUUCCAAACAAAAAAUGUAAUAUUCUGAUUUGUCAUGGAUUGUGUAAAGCAACCAGGGCUAAAUGUGUUUUGCAUCAUAUAGCCCCACCCACUUAAAUUUAAGAUGUUUUGCAUACUAUGCAUCCUAGGUAGGAAAUGAGAAAGUAGGAGGCAGGCUUGAAAUACUUCAAAAGGGCUUUAUUCACAAUUUUACUUUUGCAUUUCUGCAUUUAAAUCAAACAUGCACACACAUGGCUCUGUGCUGGUCGUCUCUCUCUCUCUCUCUCUCUCUCUCUCUCCCGAGGUGCUUGACUCUCUCCUUAUUAUCCUUGCCUCAGCCAAUGGAGCAGGGCGCUGUCUGAACAGAGGGUAAAGGCCCAUCGCAACAGAUAGUACCGGAGGAUGAGGACCACCCAUUUGAUUGCCAGACGCUCCUUCUCUAUCAUGUUAUACUAAAUUUCUUGCACAUAGAGCUUGUGGCUGAUGUACACUCAUGGGGCACUCUUCCCCCUCCACCACGUGGGACAACACGGCCCCCAACCCCAAUUCCGACAUGUCUGUCUGCAAAACACAAGGGAGAGAGAAGUCCAGAGAAUGCAAGAGUGGUCCACCACAGAGUGCAGCUUUACCUGAGUGAAAGCCUGCUGGCACAGCUCCAUCCGCUAGACCAGAUCUGGCACUCCCUUUUCAGUGAGAUCAGUCAGCAGGCUGGUGACAGCCGAAUAAUUAGGCACAAACUUGUGAUAAUAUCCAGCCAGCUCCAGAAACUGUCUCACCUCCUUUUUGGUCAUGGGUUUUGGGCAUGCUGCAAUCACUGCUGUCUUAUCAAUUUGGGGAUGCACCUGCCCAUGUCCCAAGAGGAAGCCCAGAUACCAUACUUCCACCCGUCCAAUCGCACACUUCUUUGGGUUCGCCUUGAGUCCCACCCACCUCAGCAACUUCAGAACAGCCCUCAGAUGCUGAUUGUGCUGCUGCCAAUCAUUGCUGUAGAUAAUAAAGUCAUCUAGAUAGGCAGCACCAUAAGCAGCGUGUGGACAGAGGAUUCUGUCCAUGAGACGCUGGAACAUCGCGGGGGCCCCAAACAACCAAAAAGGAAGGGUCACAAAUUGGUGUAACCCAAAUGGAGUGGAAAAGGCCAUUUUUUUAAUGAGAUAUUGGAGUCAAGGAGAUCUGCCCUUUGUCAAAUCCAUUGUCAAAUAAAAGUGAGCCGCACCUAACCGAUCAAGCAGUUCAUCAAUGCAAGGCAUUGGGUAUGUGUAGAAUUUAGACACCGUGUUGACUUUUCUAAAGUCCACAGAAAACCUGACCUGACUGACUGUUUUGGGAACCAAAACUACCAGGCUGGACCAGUCACUGUGGGAGUCCUUAAUUACUCCCAUAUCGAGCAAGACCUUGAACUCAUCAUGAAGAACUUGUUUUUUAUGCUUGGGUAGACGAUAAGGGUGUCUGUGUACCACCACCCCUGAGUGUGUCUCUAUGUGGUGCUCUAUGAGAUUAGUGCGACCAAGUAGAGGUGAGAACACAUAGGAAAACUCCUCCUGCCACUUGGCAAAGUACGUGAUUUGUUAUGGGGAGAGGUGGUCUCCAUAAGGGAAAAGGGUGGAUUGAGCCACUGUUUUUACAUCCACCUCCAGUCCUAGCUCCUCCCUCUCCAGAAUAACCAUCGCCAAAGCCACGGGAACCACCUCCCUCCAUGGUUUGAGAAGGCUAAGGUGGUAAACCUGCGGCACCCUGCCUCUAUCCAUUCGCCUUACCUCAAAGACUCGCCAUGUGACCUCAAAGUGUCCUUGCCACUUGGUGAGUAAUUUAGACGUUGAUAUGGUUAGCAAAACAAGUACUUUAUCUCUCGGUGCAAACUCCUUGAGCUGAAUACCCCUGUUAUACAGCUGGAAUUGAUGUUCCUGUGCCUGACGCAAAUUCUCAUGUGUUAUGUGGCUUAAGGUGUAGAGUUUUGCUCUCAGGUCAAGAGCAUAUUGAAUUUCAUUUUUAGAAGGUUAGAAGAUGCCUCAUCCCAAUUUUCCCAAAUGACUUCGAGAACACCACAAGGCUUCCGCCCAUACAAUAAUUCGAAAGGGGAAAACCCCAGGAGGUUUGCUGGACCUCUUGUACUGCAAAAAACAGGGGCUCUAGCCACUUAUCCUAAUUCCGUGCAUUGUCGUGAACAAACUUACGCAGUAACUACGUCUCUGAUUAUUGAUGCUAUUACAUCAACGUCCCACUGGAGAGCAGUGUUACAAAGUUUAAGGAGGCAAGUUGUUACAUCCUGCCUUGGUGUUUUUAGGUGGUGGCAUUAAAAAAAUGACUAACAGUCACAGUGGUCUCCUCUCAUGCUUUAUUAAUAAAACCCACAUAAAAAAAGUGUUUGAUUAAACCUUACAACCAGCCCAUCCAUCUGUGGAUGGUAAAUGCUUGGGUGAAUCAAUUUAAUUCCCAACAAUUCGUACAGCUCACAUAGUGUCCGUGACAUGAAAGAUGUGUUCUGAUCAGUAACGAUCUCUUUCAGGAUCCCAACCUGGGAGAGGACACGGAAGAGUGCCUCCCCCAUGCUAUGUGCUGAGGGCACUGCUUCGGGUUAUCACAUUGCGUAGUCCACUAGAACUAGCACAAAGCAAUGCAAUUGUGCAGUCCAAUCCAUUGGCCCGACGAGGUUCAUGCCAAUUCUUUUGAAGGGGACCUCGAUUAAUGGAAGUGGGUGCAAUGGCGCUUUUGUGGUGGCUGGCAGAUUCACCAGCUGACAUUCACGGCAUUCAACACACCAUACGCGAGCAUCACCGUGAAUGCCCGGCCAAUAAAAGCGGGCUAUGAGCUGGUUCAGUAUUUUGUCCUGUCCUAAGUGCCCUGCCAUUGGAUUAUGGUGAGCCGCCUGGAAUAACACUUCCCAAUGGCUCUUCAAGACCAACAACUGGGUUGUUUCCUCCUGCAUUUAAGUUUCCUGCAUAACUUGAUAUAACCUAUCCUUAAUAAUUGAAAAAUAGGAGUGGGUGUCGUGUUCCUUUUUUUAUGUGGGUUUUAUUAAUAAAGCAUGAGAGGAGACCACUGUGACUGUUAGUCAUUUUUUUAAUGCCACCACCGAAAAACACCAAGGCAGGAUGUACCAACUUGCCUCCUUAAACUUUGUAACACUGCCCUCCAGUUUGACGUUGAUGUAAUAGCAUCAAUAAUCAGAGACGUAGGUACUUUAAUAGCCUAUAUGCACCCGCAUAUACUACAUCCCCCUUUUUUAGGACAUUUAAGAGAAAAUGCAGGAAAAGAAAAAUACUCAUUCACCAACAUGUAAUAAACAAGUAUGACCACUCAAUUAUUAUACAGUUCAAAACAACUGGAAUAAUAAACUGCACCUGCUUACAUGUUUACUUGUCUUUCAACCGAUACACUCAAAACACAAACAUAAUUUAUUUUCUAACUUUCUUUUUUUUUCUUCUUCUUCUUAGCCCAUUUUAAAAUCACUGAAUCUAAUUGGCUUCUUUACAAACCUCCCACUCCUAGUACAAUAUCCUUGCUCAGUGUUUUGAGCCACCACAGUUUGAUCUUGCACAUUGUCCUUCUGGACUGACCGUUCUGUGUCAGCUCCUUCAGCUUCCUCCACAACACCUGGUAGAGCUUUUUCUUUGCUUGCACGCAAGUGUCUCCUGUUCCUCCUGUAUGUCUGACCAGAAUCCAUCACAAUGUUGUAGGAACGUGGCUCUGGCCUUUGUCCUGUCACCAUUGUCGGUUUCCAACCCUGUGAUGUUUCCACCCUAACGACUGAUCCCAGCUGAAUCACAGACAGAGGUUUGGCAUGUUGGUUGUAGUAAUGUGCUUGCCUCUGCUGUUGGUGUACCAACCUUUUCUUUACAUCUUUAGGGUGCCAGGGGUGUAUCUCAGUGCUAGAAGUGCAAGAUGUGGAUCCGUCUGAGCUUGCUCAGCUUUCUUUAGCAUUAGCUUGACUGUUUUUAUGGACUGCUCUGCCAUCCCGUUAGACUGUGGGUAUCCUGGGCUUGAAUAUUUCCAGUUUAUGCCCCAGUCUUUUGCAACUGACACACUUCUGCACUAGCAAACGGCACAUGAUCACUUAUAAUCUCCUUGGGUAUACCAUGCCUAGCGAAUAUUGCUUUCAGUUUCCCCACUACUGUGUGUGUGGCUUUGUCAGGAAUCUGUUGAACUUCUGGGUAUUUUGAAAGUAAUGAACAGUAAGGAGAAAUGACCAACCUUUGAGCUCGAAUAUAUCCACACCCAACUUGUACCAUGGAAGCUCUGGCAGUUCAUGGGGUUUCAAUGGCUCCUUUUGGUUCUUUGGCAUUAGCUGCUGGCACACUGUGCAUCUUUCGACCAUGUUCUGGAUCUCUGUAGACAUGUCUGGCCAUUAUCUCCUUGCAUGUUCCUUGGUGCGUUGUACUCCUUGAUGAGCUACAUGCAGUCUUUCCAGUAUUACUAGCCGCAUCCCUCUUGGGAUGAGGAAUUUGUCAUUUGUCAUUAUCAAUCAGUCACAGAUUCUUAUCGUGUCUUUGAUGGGCCAGUAACUCCUCAGAUCUUUGUCGAGCUGUUUCUUGUGGACAGGCCAUUCUCGCUGGUGCACUCCUCUUAGCUUUGAAGAUGUUUCAUCUGCUUUUGUCUCUGACUUGAGCCUUUCAAGCAUUUCAGUGCCCAUGGCCUCAGUGGAUUCCAUGGCAUAAACUACUCUUUCCUCACCAUCCAUGUUUUCGUCAUGCAGUCUGUCCCCAGACAGAAAUGCCCUAGACAGGGCGUCGGCUAUCAGCAUGUCUUUUCCUGGGGUGUAGCUCACCUGCAGAUUAUAACGCUGCAACUGCAGAAGCAUUCUUUGCAGACGGGCUGGAGCUUGACUCAGAGGCUUUGUGAAAAUUGCCUCCAGUGGCUCGUGAUCAGAAUGUACAAUCACAGAUGCUACAAAAACAUACUGAUGGAAUUUACGUGUGGGAAAAACCACCGCCAGCAACUCCUUCUCAAUCUGCGCAUAAUUGCGCUCAGUAUCUGUCAGUGCUCAAGGCAUAUGCGACUGGGCGUUCCUGUUGCAGUAAACAUGCACAGAGGCCAUCUUUUGAUGCUUCAGCUUGAAGCACAAUUUGCUGGUUCGGGUCAAAUUUCUGUGUGUUCCCUCUCAUCAACCGCUGCAAUGAUCAUAUCAUCGGCAAUCACAUGCACACCACUUAUGUCACUAAAGGCUUCACUGUUCUUUUGCUGGAACACUUCACUGCAGGAUUUUAGGCCAAAUGGAAGACGUUUGAACCUGAAGCAUCCCCAAGGUGUGUUAAAAGUACACAGCAAUGAUGAAGCUUUGUGUAGCUUAAUCUGCCAGUACCCAUCCUUUUUGUCCAAAAUCGUGAACAGUUUGUUACUAGCCAGUUUGCUCUGUACAUCCUCUGGUGUUGGUAUGGAGUAGUGCUGGCGUCUGAUUGCCCUGUUUAGCUCACGAGGAUGUCUCUCAAACACCACAUUCUUUUUAGGUGUGCAGUAGUUUCUGAAAGUUUCCAAAAUCUUGUCAACAGUCACUUCUUCUGGUGCUUCUUUUGCUAUUUCAAAAGUGUUGUAAAUCUCUAGUGCAUCUUCAUCUAAUGAGUGUAGCAGAACUGCAACUUGAACUGUCAUACUCUUUUUAGAGAGCUCAGCUGCCAUCAUGUAAAACAUGAAUCUCUGCUCCGAUUUGCGCCAGUUUUCACUCACGUUGCCAGUCAAUGUCAUCGCUGAGGGUGGUUUGAAAUGCUCCAUUUUUGUCUGAUGUGCACGCAGCUUUUGCUUGUAGCCGUGCCUCAGCUUUAUAUAUGUCCGCCCUUCUUGCAGAUGUCUUGACUGUUUUUUAUAAUGAUGAUGGCAGCCAGCACUUCUGACACCAUGUUGUGUUCCUUUUUUAAUGUGGAUUUAAUUAAUAAAGCAUGAAAGGAGAUCACUGUGACUGUCAUUUUUUUUAAUGCCACCACCGAAAAACACCAAUGCAGGAUGUAACAACUUGCCUCCUUAAACUUUGUAACACUCCUCUCCAGUUUGACGUUGAUGUAAUAGCAUCAAUAAUCACAGACGUAGUUACUUUAAUAGCCUAUAUGCACCCGCAUAUACUACAAUGGGAGAGAGCAACAUUUGCCUGAAUUUGCUGACCAUCGAUUGCUCUCACUUGGUCGAAGGCACUGCCUCCCCAGCUAAUGCUGCGGACAUUCCACUCUCUCACUAGUCUCUCACUACUGCAGGACCCAUCCAUAAACAUUUCUUUUGCUAAUGUCUGAAACCCUGGCCAUUGUGUCCCCAGGAUUAGUGGAUGGGUGAGGCAAGGGCUAACCAGCGCCGCCAUUAUAUGUUUUUGCCCACGGAAUCUGAUGAGUAGCACCAGCGGAUAUUCCUGAACAUCCCCAUGCACACACCUCACCCUCACCAUAUGUGCAUUCUCCAGUGCCUCACCUUGACCCAGGAAUUGGUGAAUUGAUGUUAUAGCCUGAAUCCAACAAUGUGUGGUACACGUUCAACCCCCUUGAACACUCACCGGUAUAUGGUACAUCCCGGCUCGAUUGGGGGUGGUCUGCGGCCCAUCAGGGUUCCAGACCAACGCCCCCACCUCCAUCACGUGCCAUUGGUCCUGGAAAUGCCCGGGCUCCCUGCAUCCACACUACCUUUGAGAAUUAGUCCUAGAAUUUUUUAUUUUUUUUGCAUAUCUUCAUAAUAUUGGUGACAAAACAUUCAGGGGAGUCUGACAAUUAUCACAACUAUCAAAAACAUGACUAUGGUGUAUACAAAUAUACAAAUACACUAUAUUACUUGCAGCUAUAAUAAUAAUAAUAAUAAUAAUAAUAAUAAUAAUAAUAAUAAUAAUAAUUAUUAUUAUUAUUAUUAACUCUUUUCUCCUCCUGAUGAUGAAACAGCAGAGAACCCUUCAAUCAUCUACAGCAGUUUUAAAUGAGCUGCACUGGCACAAAACCUUUACACCCUUACUCUGUUUUGUAAUAUUUUAAGAUAAUUACACCCCAGGAUAGCCCACUGGAUGACUGACCAACCAGCAACAAGAAAGAAGAGGCGGAGAAAUGGGCACUUGCUAAUGUUCAGCUGUAACGAGCUACACAGCUUUAUUUUUGACAUUUUAAAUAAAGCUCACACACAUUUUAGACUCUAUUAGAUUUGCUGUUGAUCUUAAAACAAGGAAACAGGCAAACCUUCUGGACUUCUGAACUAUCGAGCUUCACUAUUUGCCUUCCUCACUGUUGCUAUGAUAAAUUAGCUAUAGUUAGCUCAUUAACUCUUGCUUACCAUAUCACUGUUAGAGUUAAAACUGCUGUCUGAGCAUUUAAAAUUAUUCUGUAUAUAUUUCAUCUUUAUAUAUUCUGUAUUAUAUUACUGCUUCCAAUUUCUCUUAUUAUUAAACUUUUACUCCAACGUU